AUGGCGUCACUGACAGUCGGUCUCUUCCUGGCUGCUGUGGCGGUUAUGGUGUCUGGGGAAGGCGUCCUAGCUCGCCAACCUUUCUUCCGUACUGCGAACCACGGACCCUACAGCUUACACAAACCCUUCUACCAACCAAGUGCACAUCACUACAACCAGAAAAGUAAAAAGCUACAGGACCACAACAUCGGUACUGGAUAUAAAAAUGAACAUUACCCACCGCACGGUCAGCAAAAAGGUCACUAUCUACCUCCCAAUCCGCCACAUGGCCACUUCCCACCGCACGUCAAGAAAGAAGGCCAUUACCCACCGUACGGCAAGAAACAAGGCCACUAUCCUCCGUAUGGCAAGAAAGUAGGCCACUACCCACCGUACGGCAAGAAAGAAGGCCAUUUCCCACCGCACGGGAAGAAAGUAGGCCACUACCCUCCAAAGAAGGCCACUACCCACCGUAUGGAAGAAGAAGGCCACUACCCACCGCACGGGAAGAAAGAAGGCCACUUCCCACCGCAUGGGAAGAAAGAAGGCCACUACCCACCGCACGGGAAGAAAGAAGGCCACUACCCACCGCACGGGAAGAAAGAAGGCCACUACCCACCGUACGGGAAGCAAGAAGGCCACUACCCACCGUACGGGAAGAAAGAAGGCCACUACCCACCGCACGGGAAGAAAGAAGGCCACUACCCACCGUACGGGAAGCAAGAAGGCCACUACCCACCGUACGGGAAGAAAGAAGGCCACUACCCACCGCACGGGAAGAAAGAAGGCCACUACCCACCGUACGGGAAGCAAGAAGGCCACUACCGACCGUACGGGAAGCAAGAAGGCCACUACCCACCGCACGGGAAGCAAGAAGGCCACUACCCACCGUACGGGAAGAAAGAAGGCCACUACCCACCGUAUGGAAAGAAAGAAGGCCACUACCCACCGCACGGGAAGAAAGAAGGCCACUACCCUACGCACGGGAAGAAAGAAGGCCACUACCCACCGUAUGGAAAGAAAGAAGGCCACUACCCACCGUACGGGAAGAAAGAAGGCCACUACGCGCACGGGGCUCAACAAGCCAACCAGUUGACCUACGGACACGAGCAAAACAAAACACAACAUCACAUCAAGAACCCGACCAAAGACAAGAAACAAGCACAGAAACCUUCCUACCUGAAACCUGGGCACCAGCAACCUUACUACCCUCCACAAGGUCAUGUACAUCCCAAUUACCUUCCCAAGGGACAGCCCCACUACACUCCACAAGGACACGUGCAUCCCAAUUACCUUCCCAAGGGACAGCCCCACUACCCUCCACAAGGACACGUGCAACCGAAUUAUCUUCCCAAGGAACAACCACACUACCCUCCACAAGGACACGUGCAUCCCAAUUACCUUCCCAAGGGACAGCCCCACUACCCUCCACAAGGACACGUGCAACCUAAUUAUCCUCCCAAGGAACAACCACACUACCCUCCACAAGGACACGUGCAACCUAAUUAUCUUCCCAAGGAACAACCACACUACCCUCCACAAGGACACGUGCAACCUAAUUAUCUUCCCAAGGAACAACCACACUACCCUCCACAAGGACACGUGCAACCUAAUUAUCUUCCCAAGGAACAACCACACUACCCUCAUGAAGGACAUAAGCAGACCCACUUCUCAUCAAAAGAGCACGACAAAACGCAUGAGCCGCAAAAAGACAAAAAGAAGCACAUCGAACCCCAACAGAAGGCUUCAACACCAAAGACACCUGUUCCUGGUGCCUUUUAA